UUAAUGGUAAUAGCCCCACAAGCAAUAAAAGAGAAAGAUACAUUGGUCUCUUUUUUUUCUCUCUUUCUCUCAGUCCCACUCUUACUCUUCUUGCCUUCUAAGUUCUUCCCAAUUUUCAUCUCCUCAUAGAUCAAUGAAACCCAAUAUGGCUAGACCCUCUCAAGAUUUCUCCUCCAAGAGACACUUUCAUUGGACAAAAAAGGUUGGAAGUGAUCAUGAAGAUGAUGAAGCUCCAACCUUUAAGUCCUCUGAAGAAGAGAAAAAAGAAAAUACAAAGAAUUAUCCUUCUGCAGGUGCCAUCCCUUCUCCAAAGAGGAAACUUCCGGCAGUUGCAGUUGCCAGGCUUAGAACUGUCCUUAGUGCAUUCGGCAAGAGCCGACCAGGCUUGCCACUCGGCCUUGGCUCCCGAGUUGUGGGAACCCUUUUCGGCUCCCGGCGAGGCCAUGUACAUUUUUCAUUCCAGAAGGAUCCCAAUUCCCCACCUGCCUUUCUUGUUGAACUUGCCACACCGAUUAGUGGGUUGGUCAGGGAGAUGGCUUCAGGGCUAGUUAGAAUUGCACUAGAGUGUGAUAAAGAGAAGGAAGAAGAAAAGAAAGCUGUGAGAUUGCUGGAAGAGCCCAUGUGGAGGACUUAUUGUAACGGGAAAAAAUGUGGCUUUGCAACAAAGAAGGAAUAUGGGGAUAAGGAGCAGAAGAUAUUGAAGGCUGUGGAGCCAAUUUCAACGGGUGCAGGAGUGUUGCCUGGGAUUAAUGGAGAUGAAAAUGGAAGUGGAGGUGAUGGUGAACUCAUGUACAUGAGGGCUAAAUUUGAGAGAAUCGUGGGUUCAAGAGACUCUGAGGCUUUCUAUAUGAUGAAUCCUGAUAGCCAUGGAACUCCUGAACUUAGUAUCUAUUUACUUAGAAUCUAAUUUCACAGAAGUUCAAGGUUGAAGGUCCAAAAAACUCAAUUUUCAUGUUAAGCUAAGAGAGCUCUUCAUCCAUGGAAAUGGAGGUCUAGCAUCCUGCAAAUUUCUGGUUUUUUUUUUUUUAAUCUUUUUUUUUUCUUAUUUUUCUUUUUGAGAAAAUGGGAAGUGAGUUUAUUGUACUAUGUUAGAUUUAGCUGGAGGGGGGGCAAUACGUUAUAACCUUAUGGUAGAUGGGGGGUUCAUGAAGGUGUGCAUAUGUAUAGCUUUGUAUUUAUUAUUAUUAUCAUUAAUGGUUUAAUCAAGUUUAAGAGCCA